AUGGUCUUCCUCACGCUGAAUCGCAAGCGCCUCGCAUGUGGAGGCACGACGGACGUGGCGAAGGUCAUGAGAAAGCUCUGGCCGAAGCUGGUAGUGAUCUUUUUGUUGCGCCAAGGCGUGCAGUCCUCGUGCCGGCGAUUCACGAAUGAACAUUUGCAGCCUAUCGUCAGUGCAUUCGCCCUGGGCUUCACGUGCAUCGCCUCGAGAGAUCCGUUCGGUCAGGUUACCCCGUUCCACAUUGCGCUUCUGGGCCCUUCGCUUGCAAUCGUGAGCAACCAGCCGUGGCUGUACUUUUACUCGUGUGGCUACUUCGCGACUGUGCUGCAGGGGCUCGCGCACGAGGUCAGUACCGAGGCCCCCACGCUCCCCAGGCUCGCGAACCUGGCUGAGGAGCUUGGCCAUACUGUGCACUUCCCGACCAUCCUUCUGCAGACAGCAUAUUCGAAGUUUGUCCUUGGAAAGAGGGCGUAG